GCCCUCCAUUCUCGCCAGCGCCUCGCUGUAUUCUUAAUCAUCAUCGACUAUUGACACCGCCUUCAUGCGACCAUUCAGUCCAGCGCCUAGAAGCCUCACUGGCACUCUGCCCAGGAACACUCCUCCGGUGAAAUCUAUACUCAAGCCCUCCUCACUUCUGGGCCGCAGGAAAGAACAGCACGAACAGCUCAGCGAGAGCCCCGAGGCUCAAGACGCGUCCAGCAAACGGCGCAAGGUCUUCUUCGACGAUAUAAAGAAUGUGACGUACGAAGUCGGCCGGCGGACCAUGGACGAAGUAAAAUUAGAAGUGCGGAUGGCGCUGGAGGCCCAUCUGCGAGGAGAUGACGGCCAGUAUGAUGGGUUGAAGGAGAUGUUUGCCAACGAUAAAAAGAGAUAUCUGCCGCCGAUAGUCGGAGAAGAAGAGGAUACGUUGAAGCCUCACGAACUUCAGGUUUACCUCAUGGCGUUGACCGGCUGUAUUCCCAUCUUAAAGAGCAAGGACUGCAAUGGUCUGGUGAAGGCGAUCCUUAACUGCUCAUGGCUGGGGCGAGAUGCAGCCUUUGUCAAAGUAUUUACACAUUUUCUCGCCGCUCUAGUCAGCGCGCAAGGCUCCUAUCUCAACCAAGUCCUGAACAUGAUUGUGGGCAAAUUCCACGACACGCGCCCAUCCGCGUGGCGAGUCCCUGAUUUCCCCGAGGUCCCGCGCGUCACAAUGCGUGAGAGGCUGCACUCGACUCUGCAGUACCUCCUCAGGAUGUUUCCAUCCGCCAUCUCCGUUUUAGAAAACCUGCUUAGAACCAAAUUUCCGUUCCUAGACGAUUCGAUGAGAGUCCACAUGGCCUACAUCCACAACCUCCUCCAAGUCAAGGAGUACGUGCCUGAUCUGGCGGAAGAUGUCUAUGAUAUGAUACUCGAUCGCGUUGUCAAGAUCGACUCACAGAUGCAACUGGAUUUGGAAGACACGGAUGACGACAUCACAGCCGCCGUCAUGUACGCGUUGCGCGAGAACGCUCAGGAAGAUGCGGCAGGCUGGGAAGACGAGGCGGAUGACGAUAGUGAUACCGAAUCUGUUGAUAGCGACGACUUGGAUUACGAUCAAGAGGCCGUUCGGAUCAAGACUCUCAAGGACAGCGUGGAGAAGAUGGAUUCGAUGCUCGAUACGCUUUUCGACAUUUACACGCCACACUUUGCAAACCCUGGGUCAGAUAAAGCGUUUGACAUGUUCACGACGAUCCUACGCGAGUUUGAUCAGAUGGUAUUGCCGACAUACAAAUCACGACAUACACAAUUUCUCAUCUUUCAUUUUGCACAGCAACACGAGCGGCUGACUGACGCCUUUUGCGGUCAGCUCAUCGCCAGUGCCUUCCAGAGCAACACGCCCAACAUUCUGAAGCAGGCCGCUGCCGCCUACCUGGCAAGCUUUGUUGCUCGGGGAGCACUGGUACCGCGCCACCUAGUGCGUACAAUCUUUAUGCUUUUGAUCCAUCACCUGGACCAGUACCGCCGGAAAUAUGAGCCCCUGUGCCGCGGUCCAGAUCUCAAGCGAUUCCACCCCUACUACAGCCUCGUACAGGCUACCCUCUACAUCUUCUGCUUCCGCUGGCAAGACCUGGUGGUGUCUGCCCCGGAGUUUGUCGACCCCGAAGACCCAGCGUCCUACAUUGGCCAAGACCUUGAGUGGAUUGGGUCGGCAAGGAAAGAUCUUUCGACGCACAUUUUUGGCAAACUCAACCCAUUAAAGGUCUGCGCACCGGUCAUCGUCGAUGAGUUUGCCAAGCUGGCACACCGACUCAACUUCAUGUAUGCGUAUCCGUUGAUUGAAAGCAAUAAGCGCAUCCGCUUGACACAAUUCUUGUCAUCGACUUACUCCACUGGAGGCGCCCUGCGAGACUCUGGUUUUGAUACCCAGGAGGAGAGCUUUCAUCAACUGGACCCAUAUUUCCCAUUCGACCCAUACCAGCUACCGGUUAGCAAACGCUGGCUUACACAAGAUUACGUGAACUGGAAAUCAAUCCCGGGCUUGAACGCAGAAGACGAUGAAGACAGCGACGACUUUGAGGAUGACGAGGACGAUGAUGCCCUGGAAGGCCUUGAGGAGGGCACCGCUACUGAUAGCGAGAGCGACUACUCUGAGGGGGACAUGACACAAGGCGAGAAUCAGCUGGCAGGCGACAUCCUGGGCGCUGCACGGGCGGCUCAAUUAAUGAUUACAGCGAGAAAAAGGACUGCAAGGGACUGCCAUCGGCGCUUUGCAGGCGAUCGCCCUGCUGGCGGCGGGUCUGGCCGUGGCGAUGAACACGCCGGCAAGGACGAUGCCAAGGACCGCGCCCAGCUCCGGCGGGCCCAGGUCCGGAAGGCCCAGAUCCAGCACCGCCAGCGAAAGGCAAACUAUGUCAAGCAGCUGGAGCUGGACGUGUCUCAGCUGCGAGACCUCAUCACCCAGGCCCAGCAGGAGACGUCGCUGAUGCGGAGGGAGAAUGACGGCAUCCGGGAUCUACUGAGGACGAGUGAGCAGCACCUCCAGCCCACAUAUCCGCAGGCCGACUCAACGUACUUUUCAAACGCAGGGUCUCCCGGCACUCGUGUGGGUGGCUUACUUGAAAACAUUUGCUGGGACCACUUCUCAAACACCGAUUUCCACAACCACGUUCCCGGAGAACAUGAAGACUCCUAUAACCAUGCUCUCACCGCCACUGCUCUCUUCAUGAAUGCCGCACCCUCCUCCAUCUUCACCGACCGCGAGGUAUUCACGGCAAUAGACCCCACCACGACACAAGCACCCACCUUCCACUGGCAGGCCAGCGGCAUCAACAUCAACUCUCUCUGGGCACUGGCGCAAUUCGAGCUUGAUCCAACCGAGAUCUCUCCCAUGCAGAUUUGGUUCGACCUGGCGUCCAAGUAUUCCUACGAGCUACUCUUUUCGGACGGCUUGUUGACCGCCUUGUUGAUCGAGCUGAGGCCAUUGAUAAGGUGUAUCGAGUUCGGUGCGUCGAUACAGAGGCAGUUUUAUGACGAUGUGAUUGCCAGAGUUCUAGGGGUGCUGUGAUUUGAUUUAAAUAAUAUACCUUUU